GUAGGAUCUUUGUCACGUUGUUUGGCGGAGGAGGAGCGGGAGGAGGAGCUGGAGCAGCCGGAGGAGGAGUGGGGGGGCUUAUCCGGCAGGUAGGAUCUUUGUCACGUUGUUUGGCGGAGGAGGGGCAGGAGGAGGAGCCGAGGCAGCGGGAGAAGUGCCAGGAGUUUUCUUUUUUUUUCGUAGGAGAUGGCUAUGGCGGGAUCUUUGUCACGUUGUUUGACGGAGGAGGAGCGGGAGAAGUAGCGGGAGCAGCGGAAGGAGCGGUAGGAGGCGUGGGAGGAGGAGCGGGAGGAGGAGGAGCGGGAGGAGGAGGAAGGGCGGCAGGAGGAGCGGGAGGAGGAGCGGGAGAAGGAGCACGAGGGGAAAUGGGAAGGGGCGGAGGAGGCGCGGGAGAAGGAGUGGGAGAAGGAGCGGGAGGAGGAGCGGAAGGACGAGCAGGAGGGCAAACGAGGAGGGGGUUAACGAACGUGAGGAGGAAGGGGAGGAGGAGCGGGAGGAGGGGUGGGACGAGGGGCGGGAGGGGAAACGGAAAGGGGCAGAGGAGCCGCGGAGGGAGCAGCGGGAGGAGGAGUGGAAGGAGUGGGAGAAGGAGCGUGAGGACCCGCAUACGUGCAGAGGCGGAUCAACUCGCGGCUGGUAGGAGGAGAGGAAGGAGGUACAAGAAGAGGGAGAAGGAGCGGGAGGAGGAGCGGGAGAAGGGGCAGGAGGGGGGACGGGGGGAAGAGCAGGAGAACCAACGGGAGGAGGAGCAGGAGGAGGGAGGAGCAGCAGGAGGGGGAGCGGGAGAAGGAGAGGGAGGAGAAGGGCGAGGAGGAGCGGAAGAAGGAGCGGGAUCAGUGCCGUACCCCCGUUCACCGUUCACGGCCCUGGUGAAUGUGGGCCGGUCACCGGUCACGUUUUUCGUGACCGGUUGGAGUUCACGGAAGGAGGGGGAGGAGGAGCGGGAGCAGCGGGAGGAGGAGCGGGAGGAGCGGGAGGAGGAGGAGUGGGAGGAGGAGCGGGAGGAGGAGGAGUGGGAGGAGGAGCGGGAGGAGGACCAGGAGGAGGAGCGGGAGAAGAAGCGGGACGGGAAACGGGAAGGGCCGGUGGCGCGGGAGGAGGAGCGGGGGUCUUUUUUUUUCGCAGGAGACGGCUAUGGCGGCAUCUUGGUCACGUUGUUUGGCGGAGGAAGAGGGGGAAAAGGAGUGGGAGAAGCGGGAAAAGGAGCAAGAGGAGAAGCGGGAGGAGAAGCGGGAGGAGGAGGAGGAGCGGUAGGAGCGACAGGAGGAGCAGGAGGAGGAGAGAGAGGAAGUGUGGGAGGAGGAGCGUGAGGGGAAACGGGAAGGGGCGGAGGAGGCGCAGGAGGAGGAGCGUAAGGAGUCGGAGGAGGAGCGGGAGGAAAAACGGGGAGGGGGUUAACGAACGU